AUGUAUUUAAAACCAACGUACCUCUCUCUCUCUCUCUCUCUCUCUCUCAUUCUCUUUCCCUCUCCCUCUGUCUUUCUAAUUUUUUCUCACUUUAUUGAAUUUUUCUCUCUUAUUCUUUCUCAUAUUCGCGUUUUUCUCUUCUCUUUUCUUGCUCCAACUUCAGUCUACGUACUUCUCUCACCCUCUCUCUUUCUCUGCCUCUCUCUUUCUAAUUCUCUGAAAAUAUAUUUUUCGUUUUCCUUUACCUCAUUCCUCUCCCUCAUUUCCUUUGCCAGCUUUUCUUACUUUUUUUUUGUCUUUUUCUCUCCCAUUCUUUUUCUUUUUUUCUGUUUACUUCGUUUUGGAUUACAUCCUUUUCUCUCUUUCAAUUGUUUCCCUUUACUUCCUUUCUUAUUCUCUUUUUUCUCUCUUUUUCUAAUUCUCUACCUUCUUUCUAAUUCUAAAUUUCUAGUUUUCUCUCUUUCUUUCCUUCAGUCUUUAUCUCUAUCUCUCUCUUUCAGUCUUGGUUUGGUUCUUUUCUUUUCUUUCUCUCUUCUUAAAGUCUUUCCUAAUUGUUCUCUCUCUCUCUCUCUCUCUUUUUCUAAUUUUUUUCUUUCCUCUCUAUACGAAAGUGAUUCUCUCUCUCUCUUUCCUUCUGAAAAUUUAAUUCUCUUUUCCUUACUUCCUUUUUCUCUUUCUUUCUCUCUUAAUGUCUUUCCGUCUCUUUCUAAUCUCUCUCUCUCUUUUCUAAUUCGUUCUUUUCUUUUUCUCUCUAUUUAUCUAUCUGUUCUCUCUCCCUUUCUCUCUCUCCUCCUCUGUUGA